AUGUCCACAGUUCUGGCGCAAACAGUCCUGCUCCGACUGUUUUCACUCAGCCAAUUAAUCUCUCCCGUAGCCCGAUCCCGCUGCCUGAGGCCAUUUCCCACAACUAGAAACCUGCAGAGCGUGCAGCGCGCAUCAUCAGUGGCAGAAUCUGCCGUUGUCUUUGUUGGUGCCGGUCGUCCUCGAUCUUGUUUGGUUCCGCCAUCAUCUACUAAGCUGGCUCCCCCCAAAAGCAACCCAAACCCCCUCUCUUUUCCCCAUUUCCCCCCUACUUCCGCUUCCCUUUCUUCCGCUUCUUUCUCCUCUGCAUCUAAUUCUUCAAUUUUUUAUUCAUCGUCCUCAUUUCCUUCUUCCUCUUUUUCUUCACCAUCUUCUUUCCUCUCCUCCUCUAUCCAUAAUACCCAAUUAAUACCUGCCCACCGCCAUUCUUCGCCUGUGAAUCGUGCGGCUCUCCUGUCCAGACACUUCUCGUCGACCUCCGCUGCCAACGGCAACACCAAUAACAAUAUGUCAUACGCGAAAUCCCCCUCUGAAUAUACCGUCCGCAAGGUCGGCCAGCCACAGACCCUCGAUUUCCGUGCCUACAUCGAAAAGGAUGGCCAGCCCGUGUCGCCUUUUCAUGAUAUCCCGCUCUAUGCCAAUGAGCAGCAGACCAUCCUGAAUAUGGUUGUUGAGAUCCCUCGCUGGACAAAUGCUAAGUUAGAGAUCUCCAAGGAGGAAUUCCUCAACCCAAUCAAGCAGGAUGUGAAGAAAGGCAAGCUACGCUACGUCCGCAACUGCUUCCCCCAUAAGGGCUACCUCUGGAACUACGGAGCCUUCCCUCGCACCUGGGAAGACCCCAACGUUGUUCACCCAGAAACCAAAGCAAAAGGUGACAACGACCCGCUUGACGUCUGCGAAAUCGGCGAGCUGGUCGGAUACACUGGCCAGGUCAAGCAGGUCAAAGUCCUCGGCGUUAUGGCCCUGCUUGACGAGGAAGAAACGGACUGGAAAAUCAUUGUCAUCGAUAUCAAUGACCCGCUUGCACCUAAGCUCAAUGACAUUGAGGAUGUCGAGCGUCAUCUGCCCGGUCUGCUGAGGGCGACGAACGAGUGGUUCCGUAUUUAUAAGAUUCCAGAUGGAAAGCCCGAGAAUCAGUUCGCGUUUUCUGGAGAGUGUAAGAAUAAGAAGUACGCCAUGGAGGUGGUCCAUGAGUGCGCUGAUGCUUGGGAGAAACUAAUGAGCGGCAAGAGUAAUCGCGGCGAUAUCUCUCUCGCAAACACCACCAGCGAGCAAUCAUCAGAUUGGGUGGACUCCAAGCAAGUCAACCUUCCAGAUGGUCAAAACCUUCCCCCCGCCCCCAUCGACGGGAGUGUCGAUAAGUGGUUUUUCAUCUCCGGUGCUGCUGUUUAA